AAAAAAAUAAAGGGAAUAUAUAACUCUGGAUUUUACAACAUUUUUUGUAAAAGUACUCAGAGGCUGAUUAAUGUCCAGGCUUUUGUAUCAGCUGCUAAAUUCUAUUCAAUGCCAAAUCUUGGAGUAUGCAUCUCAUUAGAACAGAUACUUGAAGCAAUGGACAGAAAAAAGAAAUCAAAGGUAGAAAUGAAUACAGAUAAUUUUAUGAAUGAUAAGAAAUCACAUGAAGUAAAACUGAUGUCAGAUUUAGUAGAUGGCAUUGCAAAAUAUUAUGGCUUAAACCAGGUAAUUGACCUGGGUUCUGGAAAAGGUUACCUGAGCUCUUUCUUGUCAUUGCAAUAUAAUCUAAAGGUUUAUGGAAUUGAUUCUUCAAACACAAACACCCAUGGAGCUAAUGAAAGAAACAGGAAAUUAAAAAAACACUGGACAGCCUAUCAAAGACGUGCAGAAGCAAAUGUCAGAGAUCAGACAUUGAAAGAAGCAAAGAAAAGUGCAAAACAAGAUAAGGAGAAAUGUAAUGCAAACGCCAGUGAGACGUGGUUAAGAACUAAUAACAGUCUUCAGAGCCAUGUCCAAGUGGCUGUUUCAGAUGCCUUUGGUAUUGAAUCAGCUGAAAUUAGCCCAGAUCCUAAUAUAGGCAUUACUAAAAAUCAGUAUGCACUCAAUCCUGAGGUUCAGGUACAAUUCAUUGAAAACAAUAUAACAGAAAAUGUAUUUCUAGAUAUUCUGCCUACUGAUGCCGUAGAAGUGGAUUGUUCAUCCAAAAGUAAUUGCAGAGAACUCUGUGAAGAAGAGAAAGAACAAAGGAAGGUGGCUUCUUUGAAAGCCAAAGCCAGUCGGUCAAAAGAGGCCAACAUUUAUUCUCCGUUGACAUCAUUCAUAACUGCAGAAACAGAGCUACAUGAUAUUGUUGGCGAUCUGGAGGACUGUGUAAUUGUGGGUCUGCAUACCUGUGGUGAUCUUGCUCCAAGCACGUUAAGACUAUUUAAUGCUGUACCUGAAAUCAAGGCAGUUUGCAGUGUGGGUUGUUGCUACCAUUUGCUUUCAGAGGUACAUGAAAUUCAUGAAGAAGGGACUCAGAGAAUAUGGGGUUUCCCUUUGGGCCGCUAUUUGAAAGAAGAGGGAUGGUUCUGUGGUCGUAAUGCUAGAAUGGCUGCCUGUUUGGCUCUGGAAAGAGUUGCAGUCGGUCAGAUGCUACCCACAGAAUCUUUGUUUUAUCGGGCUGUGUUGCAGGUUAUUGUAGAAGAAUGUUAUGGCAUCAAGAGAAGUGAUCGUAAUAUUGGAAAAGUAUAUUCUAAAUCAUCUUCAUUUUUGGAUUAUGUUAGAAUUUCCUUGAAAAAGCUUGAACUAGAUGAAUCAAAGAUUUCAGACAGCCUCGUAUUGGAAUACUUCGAAAAAUACAAGCACAGAAUGAAUGAACUGGAAGCUUUUAAUAUGCUGAAAGUUGUUCUAGGACCUUGCAUAGAGGUGUUGAUACUUCUAGAUCGUCUCUGCUAUCUCAAAGAACAGGAAAACAUUGCCUGGUCUGGACUUGUAAAGUUAUUUGAUCCCAUAAAAUCCCCCAGAUGCUAUGCAGUUGUGGCUUUGAAGAAAUAAGACUUUUCAAAUACAGGAUAAAGUAAAACUUG